AUCACUUUGUGUGUGUGGUAUCUUAACAGCUUGUCUUUUUUGAACUAAUUCGGUGAAAUUUUGCCCUUUUUUCCGAUGCGAAAAUCGUGGGAAAACUCGGGCGGACAUCUUGUUUGACACCGUAGAACAUCGCGUCUGGAGUUCACCAUGUUGUCCAGUGUUUUCUAGCAGGAAUUUACGCUUGGAAUGUACUGUUUUCGUGGAUGAUAAAUAACGUGGCAGUAAUUGCGGUGUACAUUGUGCAAUUUGUUGGAUACGUUGAACGUGUGAACAAGCGUUGGGAUUGUUAGGGGGGAGAGCCCUCUACAGUGUACGUACGUUGUGUGUGUGUACAGAGGGACGAAACGAACUAGCCGGCAGGUCACCGAAUCCGCGGGCAUUUUCCUUUUCUAUACUUUCCGGUGGAUCAUUAAUAAGCUAUGUACCCACAAAGCAGACAUCCGGCGCCCCACCAGCCCGGUCAGCCCUUCAAGUUCACAGUGGCCGAGUCAUGUGACCGUAUCAAGGAGGAGUUCAGUUUCCUCCAAGCACAAUAUCACAGCCUCAAGAUGGAAUGUGAAAAGUUGUCGCAAGAAAAGACAGAAAUGCAACGACACUACGUCAUGUAUUACGAAAUGUCAUAUGGAUUGAAUGUGGAAAUGCACAAACAGACAGAAAUCGCUAAGCGACUCAACGCUAUUUGUGUGCAAAUCAUCCCAUUCUUAUCACAGGAGCCUUGUAUCUCAUUGCAGCACCAGCAGCAAGUUGCCGCAGCAGUUGAACGGGCGAAGCAGGUCACCAUGACAGAACUCAACGCCAUUAUUGGGCAACAGUCGGCGUUUCCACAUUUUUCCGGUGUUGUUCAACAACAGCUAUUCCUUCAGGGAUCAUCUUGGAAAGGAGGCCAGGCGUCUCUUCAGCACCCAUUACCCCACGCCCACGCCCCACCAGUCCCCAUGCCAGCACACCCAGCCAGCUUAGGAGGUGCGCCCGGAAUGAUGUCGGGUCAUGGGUCGGGGUUGUUGCAGCUGUCUAAUGCUAUGAACUCGCACCCUCCAAUGCCUGUUAAAGAUGAAAAGGAGAGACAGAAUUCAGUUUCCCCGCCAGACAGGAGUUCGUCCGAUAAGUAUCGUGGCUCCUCUGAUCACGGAGAAUCAAGUUCCAAGAACGCUAAGAGAAAGAGAGACGAGAAAGAGUCGGGGGACAGCGAAGCAGAAAAGAGUGACGAUAAUCUAGUUGUGGAUGUAUCAAAUGAGGUUGGUAUAGAUCCCGUUUCCCCACAAGCCAACGGCGAGAGAUCAUCACCAAGGGAGAACAACACAGACAAGCACAGGACGAAGAAAGAACGCUCCAGCACACCCAACAGCAUAGCAUCAAGUGCAAGCACACCAAACUCAAAAGUCAAAGAGAAUGACAAACUGCCGUCACCGGUUCCCAAGUCAGAAACACCCACAAGUAGUGGGGCAGCAACACCGGGCUCAAGCAGCAGUGUACCCGGGCUAAAACCACCCGUUGGGAAGGUGCCCCCGUUGGGGUCCUACCCAUUCAUGCCAGGCCCCGGCAUGAACCAUGAUAUGCCCAACCCGUACGUUGCUCCGGGUCUACACAAUAACAUUUCACCAGGGGCUAUGAACACAUAUAGAGGUCCAAUGUUCAAUCAUGCACAGGUGCCGUUUGACCCCCAUUCGCACAAUCGCAUUUCAGGACUGGCUGGCAUACCGGGAGGCAAGCCUGCUUAUUCUUUUCACGUAAGCGCGGACGGACAGAUGCAACCGGUUCCCUUCCCACCUGAUGCACUUAAAGGUCCUGGUAUCCCGCGACACGCCCGCCAAAUCAACACCUUGAACCACGGAGAAGUUGUGUGUGCAGUGACCAUAAGUAACCCAACGAGACAUGUUUAUACUGGAGGCAAGGGAUGUGUUAAGGUAUGGGACAUCAGUCAACCUGGUACUAAGAGCCCAGUCUCGCAGCUGGAUUGCCUCAAUCGAGAAAACUACAUCCGAUCGUGUAAACUACUACCGGACGGACGGACGUUACUCGUCGGCGGAGAAGCAAGCACGUUAUCGAUCUGGGAUCUUGCCGCACCAACCCCCAGAAUAAAGGCCGAGUUGACGUCAAGUGCCCCAGCCUGUUAUGCCCUGGCCAUCAGCCCAGACUCCAAGGUUUGCUUCAGCUGUUGUAGCGACGGAAACAUCGCCGUGUGGGACCUGCACAACCAAACACUUGUCAGACAAUUCCAGGGGCACACGGAUGGAGCAAGUUGUAUAGACAUCUCACCAGACGGCACCAAACUCUGGACUGGAGGUCUCGAUAACACGAUACGCUCGUGGGAUCUCAGAGAAGGCAGACAGUUGCAGCAGCAUGACUUUACAUCACAGAUAUUCUCCUUGGGCUACUGCCCGGCAGGCGACUGGCUAGCUGUGGGGAUGGAGAGCAGCAAUGUGGAAGUCCUUCACAACAGCAAGCCAGACAAGUACCAAUUACAUCUGCACGAGAGCUGCGUCUUAUCGCUCAAGUUUGCCCACUGCGGCAAGUGGUUUGUGUCAACGGGGAAAGACAACCUUCUCAAUGCGUGGAGAACGCCGUACGGAGCAAGCAUCUUCCAGUCCAAAGAGUCAUCGUCAGUCUUAAGCUGCGACAUCUCAGCAGAUGACAAGUUCAUCGUGACAGGGUCCGGAGACAAGAAAGCCACUGUUUACGAAGUCAUCUACGAGAAAGAAUGGCCACCCUGCCACUAAAAGCCUUGCUUCAGGGGAUUAACAAAAGUAAAAGAAAAAAAAACUGUGAAGUACAGGUGUUUUCAUUUUCAUCUUGUCCAGAAGUAACACUUACCAUGGAAUGAGAAGUAUAUCUUGGACCGUCAAUGACCCCCCCAAAUAAGUUCUUGUAUUGAAUCAAGUCUAAGAACUUCUGGGUCUAAACUAAACCAAGAACACGGAGGAGACUUUGUGCAAGUGCAGCAUUAGCGGAAUGUCGCCUAUGCGGAGGGUUUCGCUGCUCGGUGGACUAUACUGAAGUGUACUUUCAGCAACGCCUAUGCGGAGGGUUUCGCUGCUCGGUGGACUAUACUGAAGUGUACUUUCAGCAACGCCUAUGCGGAGGGUUUCGCUGCUCGGUGGACUAUACUGAAGUGUACUUUCAGCAACGCCUAUGCGGAGGGUUUCGCUGCUCGGUGGACUAUACUGAAGUGUACUUUCAGCAACGCCUAUGCGGAGGGUUUCGCUGCUCGGUGGACUAUACUGAAGUGUACUUUCAGCAACGCCUAUGCGGAGGGUUUCGCUGCUCGGUGGACUAUACUGAAGUGUACUUUCAGCAACGCCUAUGCGGAGGGUUUCGCUGCUUGGUGGACUAUACUGAAGUGUACUUUCAGCAACGCCUAUGCGGAGGGUUUCGCUGCUCGGUGGACUAUACUGAAGUGUACUUUCAGCAACGCCUAUGCGGAGGGUUUCGCUGCUUGGUGGACUAUACUGAAGUGUACUUUCAGCAACGCCUAUGCGGAGGGUUUCGCUGCUCGGUGGACUAUACUGAAGUGUACUUUCAGCAACGCUGCUGAAACUUUUUUGGGGAGCCAUUUUAGUGUUUGAUGCAUUGACGGAAAGGGAUGCACUGUGGGUUGCAACAACUAAUGGGGAUGGGGGUCACAUGGGCAUCAUGUGAAUUCUCCGACGAGUCUGUGGACAUGAUCUCCGCGCCUUCACUCGGACAAGUCCAGAUGACAUGGUGGUGUUGCACCAACAGAUCGACAGAACUGGUAUACUUGCCUGACGGUGAUUGAACAAAUGAGAGGUCAUGUUUGUAGAGUGGAAAAGAAUUUCAUAAACUCGGUCAAGUGGUGACCUGCUGAGUUUAUCAGAGAAGGGGACACUUUUUAAGAUGGGUGCUGUGGUCAGGAUGAACAAGAUGAAUCACCCAACGAUAAAUAGUCGAGUCUAGGGGCUUACCCUGUCUUGGGCUUCUAGCAUUUUGAAGUUCUGUGUUUGACAGUUAUAAAUGGCUGAUGAAGCCCAACCUGGAUCUAGACCUAGAGAUAAGGUUUGGGGAGCGCCCAGGUUGUUGACCGCCAUUGCAAAUGGACACGGGUGUAUUUUCGAGUUUGACCCGUUUUGCCGACCAACUGUCCACACGCCUGUACUCUACCAUAAAGGCUGCCCUCUGUUGUAUGACUCGUCGCACAGAAGAAAAAGUUACAUUACACCUUCUUACAAAGAUUCUACAGCUGUUUUAUGUACUCUCUACUGUACUCUUAACUUAAGUAGUCAAUUUGCAGGAAACAGCAGUUACAGUUUAAGAUAAACGAAGAACAUUGAUAAAAACAAAAUUGGAGAAAACGAGUAUUAAACGAAAAGACGAAGGCCUUUUUUUUUU